GGCGCACGCUCGUACGGCGGCCGCAGCGGCAGGGCGGGGCCGCGGAGGAGCCGGUGGCGGCGGAGGACGCCCCCCGGGCCGCGACUCGCUCCCCUCGGGGUCUCUGGCGGACCUCGCCAAGGUACCGGCGGCCCGAGGGCUUUCGCACGCAGCCAUGGGCGGCGUCGGGGAGCCCGGCGAGGGACCCGCGCAGCCGGGGGCGCCGCUGCCCACCUUCCGCUGGGAGCAGAUCCGCCAGCACAACCUGCCGGGCGACAAGUGGCUGGUCAUCGAGCGUCGCGUCUACGACAUCAGCCGCUGGGCACAGCGGCACCCGGGGGGCAGCCGCCUCAUUGGCCACCACGGCGCGGAGGACGCCACGGAUGCCUUCCACGCCUUCCACCAGGACCUCAAUUUCGUGCGCAAGUUCCUACAGCCCCUGCUGAUUGGAGAGCUGGCCCCGGAGGAGCCCAGUCAGGAUGGAACUCAGGACGCCCAGCUGGUCGAGGACUUCCGCGCCCUGCGCCAGGCGGCUGAGGACAUGAAGCUGUUUGAGGCCAAGCCCGCCUUCUUCGCUCUCCUGCUGGGCCACAUCCUGGCCAUGGAGGUGCUCGCUUGGCUCCUCAUCUACCUCUUCGGCCCGGGCUGGGUGCCCAGCACCCUUGCCGCCCUUGUCUUGGCCACCUCCCAGGCUCAGUGCUGGUGUCUGCAGCAUGACCUGGGCCAUACCUCGGUCUUCAGGAAGUCCCAGUGGAACCACGUGGCCCAGCAGUUUGUGAUGGGGCAGCUGAAGGGCUUCUCAGCCCACUGGUGGAACUUCCGCCAUUUCCAGCACCACGCCAAGCCCAACAUCUUCCACAAAGACCCAGACGUGACCGUGGCACCCAUCUUCCUCCUGGGGGAGUCGUCCAUUGAGUACGGCAAGAAGAAGCGCCGCUACUUACCCUACAACCACCAGCAUCUGUACUUCUUCCUGAUCGGCCCACCGCUGCUCACGCUGGUGAACUUUGAAGUGGAAAAUCUGGCCUACAUGCUGGUGUGCAUGCAGUGGGCGGACUUGCUCUGGGCCGCCAGCUUCUACUCGCGCUUCUUCCUGUGCUACAGUCCCUUCUAUGGCCUCCCUGGGGCCCUGCUCCUCUUCGUCGCUGUCAGGGUCCUGGAGAGCCACUGGUUCGUGUGGAUCACACAGAUGAACCACAUCCCCAAGGAGAUUGGCCACGAGAAGCACCGGGACUGGGCCAGCUCUCAGCUGGCAGCCACCUGCAACGUGGAGCCCUCGCUCUUCACUGACUGGUUCAGCGGGCACCUCAACUUCCAGAUUGAGCACCACCUCUUCCCCACGAUGCCAAGGCACAACUACCGCAGGGUGGCCCCGCUGGUCAAGGCCCUGUGUGCCAAGCAUGGCCUCAACUACGAAGUGAAGCCCUUCCUCACCGCCCUGGUGGACAUCAUUGGAUCCCUGAAGAAGUCUGGCGACGUCUGGCUGGAAGCCUACCUCCACCAGUGAGGGCAGCAUGCAGGGCCCCGGCUGCCACCAAGCUGGCCCAGGUGUCAGACCAGGGGCUUUGUGAGAAGCUGCAUCCUGUCCAGAGUGACGCACCUCUCCAGGGACGUUGCAGCUAGGACAGCUGAGGAGUCCUGAUUGGCCCAAGGCACUAUCUCCUGAGCAGUGAUCGGUGACUCCCAAAGGCAAUUGGAGCCCAGGGCUGCCACCUCCACCCUGCCCCUUGUCACCAAAGGCCUCCUCUCUCCUCCCAACGGACCAAGAGGGUUUCUGAGUGGCCCACCGGACGCCUAAGGAACUUGCCAGGGCACUGACCACCGCUGCGGCUCCAGGUCCACGCACAGCCCAGGCUGCUGGGCCAGCCCCUCCUCGGGGCCCAGCGCCCUGCACGUGCCCAGGCCACCCACCAAGCUGAGCAGGCUCUCAGCCCCCCAGGGACUCCUUCCACCAUCUCUGCCCCCUCUGGCCAGCUGCUGGGCCUCUUGGGAGUGGUCUGACAUUUGACAUGAUGGUGUUGGGGGACGUCUUGUUCUGGGAAACAGCCCUUGCCUUGAGGGAGUGGAGGAGAUGGCCAGACAGAGUGCGGGGUGAGGAGCAGGGAUCCAGCUGCUGCCACCAUGUGGCCUCUGGCCAGUUCUUGCCCUUCUGGUCCCAGCCUCCACCGAGAAUGGAAGCUUCGGGUCUUGUGAUCACUCAGGACCACCCA